CAUCAAUUCAAUACAUAAUUCCGACCGACCUCGAACCUUAGCACACUUUGAGAGUGUUGCACAAAACACUCACUCGAAGCGAUUGCCUAUACCCUAAUACCGAACCUAUUGGCGAAUGGGACACUCCUAAGUAUUGGCUUGGGGCCAUACACUACCGCCCGUAGGGUUCAACCAUAGGAGGAGUUGUUGGGGUAGUGGCAGUGAAUAUGGCCGAUUUCGAUAGAAAUGUGCUGGAGUUCUACCAGCUGUCCACACCGUUCCCCACAGAAUGGCCAGCCGAAAAGGACAAGAGCGACGAUUCGGACAGCGAGCUUGAACAGAAGAAGCAAAAGAUCAAUCGCCGAAAAUCACGAUAUCAAGCACUUGAACGAGCUGUCAGCAAUAGGGCCAGUAUAGUCCAAGGAUCGGAGAAGUCGGCUAAUGGCGUGAGCAAUUUGGUUCAGAAGGACGAACCCGACCCAUUGGGAACAUCUGAAAGUGUUGUGAGAUCUCUAGGACGAUUAGGUGUACCGGUUCAAGAUGAUGUCCGUUUACGAAAUCGGUUCCUCUUAUCUUCAACGAGCUUCUCUCCUGCCCUAUUCCUCUCCCAGAUGCAUGCGACCGCUGAUACCCAAUCCUUGCUAAACGGUCUUGACGUCCUAUCCAAAUCGAUUGACCAGAAGUCCGCAUCAUUGAAGGUCUUGGUCGAAUCUAACUUUGAGAGAUUCGUCCGAGCUAAGGCUACAAUUGAUAAUGUCUACAGGGAGAUGAAGUAUAGGGGCGCUGAGCCACCAUCCCCGGGCCGCGCUCGUGGACAUUCGCGACAUGCUAGUAAGAGUAGUUUCAGGAAUAGCAGCGGAGGCGCGGCGCUCGGAACAAACCCAUUAUCAUCCCCUCUACCGAACGAUACUCGAAAGAAGAAUGCACUUGUCAAAGAGAGUGACUAUGGAGUCAUGGGUAUCAAGACGCCUCUAUUAGAUGUUGCUGCCAAGGCCGAAGAUGUUUGGGGCCCCGCGCUUGGUGGUAGGGAGAAAGAGGAGAAUCUUAAGACCGUAUCGACGUCACUUGAUCGGUAUAAGGAAUAUAUUGAGGCUAGUUCCAACAUCGCCGACAGCAUUAAGAGAAAGGAUUAUGAAGCAUUGGUAGAGGAAUAUAGUCGUGCUCGAAGAUUUGCGGAUGACGCACGCAAACUUGUCGAGGCUCUAGGCUCAACUCCUCCGAGUGAGACGCAAACCUACCAAAUUCUCCUUGCGGCUCGGAUGUGGUACGAUGUUGAGGAGCAAAUCCAACUUUUCAAACGCGAAGUAUGGAGGAAGCUUACAUCGCUACACACAGUAUCUAGGACGGAAUCAUUCGCUGCGCAACCACAAGAUCAACAUAUGGAGUUGAUUGGUCUACUGCUCGAACUAGGUGUCGACGACAAUCCAAUAUGGGUGUGGCUCUUGAGCAAAUACGACUACUUGAAGGGCAAGAUUGCAACCGCUGGAGAACGGGCAAAAGUCGAGAUUGAAGUGCUUCGGCGUCGUCUGGCGAAUGCGGAAAAACCAGCGCCUCAGAUGAUGGCCUCAUAUCUAAAGAAUCUAAGUCGACAAGCCGUCGAAAGCAGAGCUACUGGGUUGGACUCUCCUGAUGUCAUCGAAUUAUGGGAGAAGAUGCUAGCCUUUUUGUCAGGUCUUUUAUCUGCCCAAGGUAUCUUGGGGGAGGUUGUAGACUUCUGGCAGACCGUUGAUGGAUUUAUUGACGGCAAGGCGCAAAAGUCAUUACCUACCGGUUAUAAUGGCGAGUCACGCGAUCACCACCGGCUUUCUCAGCAGGGAACAGUCGAUUUACAAAAAGGGACUAUUGAGCUAGUUGAUAUGAUUCGUGCACAUGUUUUUGAGUUCUUCGCUGGUGCUCCCCCUGAAGAUAUUUCGCUUCUCUUCUCACCGUUACCACCCUCACCUGGUACACCCAUGUCAGCGGGAUUAUCGCCUACAAAUGUGAGAGAUCCUCGCUUCAACUUCGAUGCGAAUAAUCUCCCCCCGCCGUCCCCUAAAAGAGGCGAGACAUGGGAGAAAUUCGCAUUCUGGCCUCCGACGUCUAAUUCUGUCAGUGGCGUUCACUACCUGUCUAAGAUGCUUACUUUGGUUGGUUCGGGCGCAUCAGAAAUGGCAAGCAUAGCUCCUGUGAAGCAGGGUGAUGCGAAACAAGUAGACAUGCUAAAAAAUGUGGUUGGUGCUGCCCGCGAGAGAUGUGUCUCAGCAUUAUGUGCCGCUUGGAAUAAAGAUGCCGAGAACAUUAAGUAUGUCGAGGACUGGAAGCGCACCAAGGAGAUGGGAGAUGUUACGCGCAUGCCAGCAAGCUUCGCUGCCUUCGAAGGCGCGUUGCUUUCCGGGAUGCAAAAGAUAUUGUAUAUUCCAGAGGCCAUGGCUAAAGUAGGCUCGGCUGAUAUUGUCUCUGCUCCGCCGGCGAAGCAGUUGCAAUCGGUAAGGAGUCAAUAUGUCACGACGCUCUACAAGGCGCUUAGCGGAAUGGUGGAGAACGCGGAACGAGCCGUUAAGAAAGCGGAUGACGAGUGGACCACUGAUGCGGAUCUAACCGUUAGUUCUGUGAGCGAUAGAAUGUCUUUGGGUGUGGACUCGGGGGCUGUUGAUGCUGGUGAUAGGAAUGUCCGUAUGCUCUUAACUCUUGGCAACCUUCACGCAUUGCGCACAAAAGUAGUGCCCAACUUGAAUGGCCAAUUCGAGAAUGCCUUCUCUGUAAAACUCACCGAUGAGUCUAAGACUAUUAAGGAUGUGCUUGGCCAAAUUGACGCCCGUCUCUUCCAAACAUAUACCCGUCCUUCCUUAGAUACCCUUCGAAAGAUCAUCCGCGCUGGGGUUGCCGAUCCUAAAUGGGCUCCUCCCAAACCUUCAGAAGUCAAGCCAUAUGUCUACGAGGCCCUACUCACCCUCGUGCUAGUCCACACACAAGUUUCUACGACAGCGCCAAGCAUGACACAUCAAGUAAUAUCAUACCUGCUUGAGCAAAUCAGCCGCGAGCUUUUGGAAUGCUUUAAAGCGCGUCCCAAAUUUGACCUCGGAGCACUCAUGCAAGCGACGUUAGAUGUCGAGUUUUUUGCACAGACACUAAGCCAAUACACGACGGAGCGCGCAUCAAGCAUCCAGGGUGAAAUUUACUCAAUGCUCGACUCCAAAACAGAUAAUCAAGCUCGCGCCCGCCUACAGGACGAGCUUCCCGGUAUGCGUGAAGUCCUCAAGAAGCUUAGAGAGCAAUCGAGGAGCGAAUUUGCAUGCUUUAAACGACCCCGGAGAACGGCCGGUGGGGCUAGCGUGUCUUCCCUAGGACAGGUGCCGACGCUGGAGAGGACGGCCACGGGCUAGGCGUUCGUGCGUCGUCUGAGAGAUGGCUCGGCUAGAGUAACGGGUGUGUGGGCUAGAGAAGGAUUUGUUCCCGCUAAGGCGCCGAUACAGCGUCCGCUAUUGCCUGGCGAUGAUGCGUAUGUGCUUGAGUUUAGGCUCAGGGCGGUGAAGGUGGGGGGUGUGAGGACUUCCGGGAGUUCGGGGGAGUUGAGGGGAUGAAUUUAAGGACUGAGAAAUGAGAAGUUAGAAAUGUUAAUAGUCUAGGUGGUACAAAUGAAGUAGCAUUGUAAUGCGCUAUAUCAACUUUUGAUCAUUAAAUUGUAUAAUUUUAUGUGAUUACUAGACUGGCUAUUCUACUUGACUAUUAUAACAGGUUUGCAGAAUUGAUGAUGAAUUAUGGAAGUCUUGAAAAGGAAAUAUAUAUAUUUAUUACUUAAAUGAUAGA